UAUUCGAUGUCCACGCCCUUUUUCGUAACCUGUCAUAAUUUUUCACUCACUAUAUAAACCCUGAGACCGACUCUAUGGCCAAAUUCAUCAUCGCAGGUCAGUUCCUGAUAACCAGUCACCAGUUCCUUUCUCUGAAACAGCCAUAAUGAUGAAAAUCCUCCUCCUGCUUUUCCUAAUUGGCUUAGCUUCAGCUCAGUAUGGAUAUGGAGGGGACUCCGGGGGUUAUCGUCCUGACGGUGUGAGAAACCGUUACUUCAUUCUAGGUCACGGAAAGGUUGGCCCUAUCUCUACUUCACUCGGAAGCAGUAUCUACGGACCAUCUGCAGGGUAUGGCGACUACAGAGCUUCAGGAAACCUUGGAUCUUCUGGAUCAUAUCACAGUAGCCCUGCUGUAUCUUCUUAUUCAGCCCCGGUGAGUUACCGCCCAGUAGUCAGCCAUGGUGGAUACGGAGGUGGAUACGGGGCCGGUAGUGGUUCUUCUUAUGGUUCUGGAUACGGAGGUGGUGCAGCCUAUGGUUCCGGAUAUGGAAGCGGUGCCUCUCAGGGAUCCGGAUAUGGAAGCGGUGCCUCUCAAGGAUCCGGAUACGGAAGUGGUGCUUCUCUUGGCUACGGGUCUAGUGGUGCUUACAGAUCCCAAGGUAGUUCUGGAUAUGGCGGUGCAUCUUUAGGACAUAGUGUAUAUGGACCAUCUGCAGGAUAUGGAGCUUCUGGUGGUUACGGAUCUUCUGGUGGGUCCGCUGGGUACAGGUCCGUUGCUCCAGUUAGUCACACUUCUUACGCCCCGGCUGUCAGUCACCAAACCUAUGCUCCAGCUGUUAGUCAUGCCGCCCCCGUUUACAGAUCUUAUGCUGCUCCAGCUGCCAGCCAUGGACUCUACGGACCCUCAGCAAAUUAUGGUUACAGUGCUCCAGCACAUUCUUCAUAUGGUAGCCAUGAUGAUUAUGCUCAACCUACCCCUUACGAUUUCGGCUACCUCACCCACAACGAGCAUGGAGAUCAGCUGUCCAGACAAGAGAGUGGAGAUGGUCAUGGAAAUGUAAGAGGUAGCUACGGUUACAGAGACUCUUACGGACUCUACCGUCAUGUUGAUUAUGUUGCCGAUCACCAUGGAUUCAGAGCCAAUGUAAGGACGAACGAGCCUGGAACCGCUCCUCAAGAUCCCGCAGAUGUUAAAAUGCAGGUUGAACAUGGUGGAUAUGGUGGAGGCUAUGGAGGUGGUUAUUAAUUUACGAAGCUUUCAGAUAUUGGCAGUUUGAAAUGGUAACAAGAAGCUAAAGCCUCAUGCUGGUGGUGAGAUAGUCAAAUGAGAUGACAAGGAGAAACUGUGCAUAGAUUAUAACAAACAUGUGAUUUACAGUUGCUGCACUGCCUUUCAGAACAAUUAAUUAAUUAUGGGUAUUGUCACCUCUAAAGAACAAAUGUUAUUAUUUAAUGUUGCGUGUGUUGUAUUCCUUGUAUAAAGCUUUUAAAAAUAAAUAUAUGAAAUAUUU